AUGGAGACCACGGAACAGAAUUGCCAAGGUUCCUCCUGGCCACCUGGGAAACAUGCCCAGCUUCAGAAGCAUGCGCCUCCUUUCCAGACAGCACUGGCUCCCAGACAGCACAUGGGUCUGAGUUGGAAGAAACGUUCCCCGGUUGGUGCCGGCCUCCAGAACACAGGGAACACUUGCUACCUGAACGCCACCCUGCAGUGUCUGACCCACACAGGCCCACUUGCCAGUCAUAUGCUGCGCCAGAUGCCUUGCCACCAGAAAACCUGCAUGAUGCGUGUGAUGCAAGCUCAGGUGAGGAGGGCUUUCCAGCACUCUGGGGACAUCAUUCAGCCGUCGGAUGCCUUGGGUGCCGGCUUCCACACGCACAAGCAGGAAGAUGCCCAUGAGUUUCUCCUGUUCCUCUUGGAUGCUAUGCAGAAAUGCCAAGCAUGUGGCCCUGAGGGCUUAGAGCUUCCAGCUCAGGAGCAAAGCCUGAUCCGGGAAAUCUUUGGAGGCUACUGGAGAUCUCGAAUCGAGUGUCUGCAGUGCCAUAGCAUUUCAGACACCUUGGACCCUUUUCUGGACAUCACGCUGGAGGUCGAAGGAGCUCACAGUGUUGCCCAAGCGUUGGGAAGACUGGUACAGCCGGAAGAGCUGAGUGGGGAAGACGCCUAUCAUUGUGCGGCUUGUCUGCACAAAGUGUCCGCUUCCAAGACCUUGACUCUGCAAAGUGCCUCAAAGGUCCUCAUCCUCGUCCUGAAAAGAUUUUCUUCCUGGACAGGGGACAAGGUGGACAAGGAAGUGCACUUUCCUGAGAGUCUUGAUAUGCAACCCUACAUGUCUCAGCACACUGAGGGACCGCUGCUGUAUGACCUCUAUGCUGUGCUGGUUCAUGCUGGGUCCAGCAGUCACACCGGACAUUAUUUCUCUUACAUCAAAGCUGGCAAUGGCCAGUGGUAUAAAAUGGAUGACACUAAGGUGACCACCUGUGAUGCUUCCUCUGCAUUGAGUCAGCGUGCUUACAUCCUCUUUUAUAGCCAGAAGAGCACUGAUGGUGAGAGACACCCUGAGGAUGUGUUCAUCGGCAGGGACUCGGUAGCUAACCAGGCAGAAGAAAAGGAGGGAAGAACACCCCAACCAGACAGGAACAAGCACUCUCCUCUGACACUUGUGGAGCCACAGCCAGAUGUGCAAAGUACAGUUCUGAAAGAAAUCUCCCUAGACCAAUGGAAAUUCUUCCAGGACCAAAACCGCCCAAAGUCUCAGUUCCACCUCAGGAAAGUAGAGUUCACACAAGAUGCCAAUCUGGUCGUGAUUCACCCCUCCAAACACACGGAUGAGAUGAGAAGAGAAAAUCAUGCUGGUAAGGAAAAUUCCUCACCCAAAACCUGUUGCCAGAACACAACAGGUCAGAUCUCCAGAAAUCAGAGCCAACAGCCUUGUGAGCACACCAGGGCCCGAUCUCACAAGAGAAGGAACAAGCAAGGAAAGAAGCCUGUGUUGGUGUACUCAUUACCUCCUUGA